AUGCUUACAAGGAAACUGAAGGAAGAGAAAGAAGCCAGGCGGGCUCAUCUGGAUGGCAGGCACAGCUACUUAUUUGCGAUUGUAGCUUCCUGUGUGGACCUGAAGAAAGAAGAAGUAGAAGAUGCCAUUCUUGAGGGGAAUCAGAUUGAAAGAAUCGACCAGCUUUUUGUUGCUGGAGGCCUCCGUCACCUCAUGUUUUACUACCAAGAUGUGGAGGUGGCAGAAACAGGACAGCCUGGCCUGUCAGGAGGGGUAAAUCUUGCUUCUGGAAAAAUUAAAAAACCCAAGGUGUUUGUGACUGAGGGCAAAGAUGUCGCUCUUACUGGAGUAUGUGUCUUCUUCAUUCGGACAGACCCUUCCAAAGCCAUCACCUCGGAGAACAUCCAUCGAGAAUUGUGCUUUAACAUGCUAGACACGGCUGAUGGGGGCCUGCUGAACAGCAUGAGACGUUUGCUCUCUGACAUCUUCAUCCCUGCUCUGAGAGCCACAGACCAAGGCUGGGGCGAGCAUGACAGUUUUCAGGAGGCGACCAGCAUCCGACAUGACUUCCUGUGUUCUCUGGAAGGCUUUGUGAGUGUCCUAUCAGGUGCUCAAGAAAGUCUGAAAGAGAAGGUGAGCCUUCAAAAGUGUGACAUAUUUGAGAUGCACGCCUUGAAGGAACCCAUGGACUUCUUGGCUCUGGCUAAUAAUCCUGAGACUUUGGAAAAGGUUGAGAGUUGCAUGAAAAUAUGGAUCAAACAGACAGAACAGGUCCUUGCUGAAAACAAUCAGCUCCGAAAGGAAGCAGAUGACCUGGGGCCCCGAGCAGAGCUGGAGCACUGGAAAAAAAGGCUGUCCAAGUUCAACUACCUCUUGGACCAGUUGAAAAGCGCAGAUGUGAAGACUGUGAUAGCUGUUCUUGCUGCUGCCAAGUCAAAACUCCUGAAGAGUUGGCGGGAGAUGGAUAUUCGGAUCACUGAUGCCACUAAUGAAGCCAAGGACAAUGUCAAAUAUUUGUAUACUCUUGAGAAAUGCUGCGAUCCUUUGUACAGCAGCGAUCCUAUAGCCAUGAUUGACGCAAUUCCUACACUUAUAAAUGCAAUUAAAAUGAUCUAUAGCAUCUCUCGUUACUAUAACACCUCCGAGAAGAUAACAUCUCUGUUUGUAAAGGUGACAAAUCAAAUGAUAUCUGCAUGUAAAGCCUAUAUUACCAACAAUGGGACUGCUUCUAUCUGGAACCAGCCACAAGAUGUUGUUAUGGAAAAAAUAUUAUCUGCAAUUAAACUUAAGCAAGAAUAUCAGCACUGCUUUCACAAGACCAAACAGAAACUUAAAGAAAGCCCAAAUGAAAAGCAGUUUGAAUUUAGUGAAAUGUACAUUUUUGGAAAAUUUGAAACGUUCCACCGACGUCUUGCCAAGAUAAUAAACAUCUUUACAACUUUCAAGACAUACUCGGUUCUACAAGAUUCAAAAAUCGAAGGACUGGAAAGCAUGAUCGCGUCAUUCCAGGGCAUUGUUCUGACGAUAAAGAAAAAGGAGUAUAAUUUCUUAGACCAACGGAAAAUGGAAUUUGACCAGGAUUAUGAAGAGUUUUGCAAGCAGACUAGUGACCUUCAUAAUGAGUUGCAGAGGUUCAUGGACAUUACCUUUGAAAAGAUUCAAAACACAAAUCAAGCUCUAAGUAUGUUAAAGAAAUUUGAAAGGUUGAAUAUACCUAAUCUGGGUAUUGAGGAUAAAUACCGACUUAUCCUUGAGAAUUUUGGAGCUGACAUUGACAUGAUUUCAAAGCUCUAUACAAGGCACAAAUAUGACCCUCCACUGGCUCGAGACCAGCCUCCCAUUGCUGGGAAGAUUCUGUGGGCCAGGCAGCUCUUUCACAGAAUCCAGCAACCAAUGCAACUUUUCCAGCAGCAUCCGACAGUGCUACAGACAGAUGAGGCUAAACCUAUCAUUCGCAGUUACAACAGGAUGGCCAAGGUUCUUCUGGAGUUUGAGGUUCUCUAUCACAGGGCGUGGCUGCAGCAGAUUGAAGAAAUUCAUAUAGGACUUGAGGCUUCUUUAUUGGUGAAGGCGCCAGGCACAGGGGAAUUGUUUGUAAACUUUGACCCUCAGAUAUUAACUUUAUUUAGAGAAACGGAGUGUAUGUCACAGAUGGGUCUGGAAGUGUCACCAUUAGCGGCUACCCUCUUCCUGAAACGGGACGUAUACAAAAAUAACUUUAGUAACAUGAAGCUGAUGCUGGCAGAAUAUCAGAGAGUAAAGUCAAAAAUGCCUCCCACCGUAGAGCAACUGAUGGCCCCUCAUUUGGCGAAAGUGGAUGAAGCUCUCCAACCUGGCUUGGCUGCACUGAACUGGACAUCCAUGAAUAUUGAAGCAUAUUUAGAAAAUACGUUUGAAAAGAUCAAGGAACUGGAGUUGCUCCUGGACAGGGUCAGGGAUUUGAUUGAGUUCCGAAUCGACGCCCUUCUAGAAGAAAUGAGCUGCACUCCUCUCUGCCAGCUUCCCCAGGAAGAGCCACUCACCUGUGAUGAGUUUCUCAGGAUGACGAAGGACCUUUGUGUAAGUGGUGCUCAGAUACUUCAUUUUAAAAGCUCAUUAGUAGAGGAGGCUGUCAAUGAACUAAUUAAUAUGUUGCUAGAUGUAGAAGUUCCAAAUAUAGAAGAGAGUGAAAAAGUAAUGACUGAAAAUAGAAUUGACUCAAAAGGUGAAAGUCCAGGUAAGAGACAGGAGGGAAAACCUGACACAUCGCAGUCUUCCCUUCACACCGGUGAAACUGGACCUGCCCCCCUGCCCCUGACAAUGGUCAAGAGAAAGAAGAAAGAGACAGAGUUGUUGGAAGAGGAAGCCUGCGAGCUGCUUUCCUAUUUCAACCAUCAGAAUGCAGAUGCUCUGUUGAAAGUUACCAGAAAUACACUAGAGGCCAUUCGCAAACGCAUCCAUGCCUCCAACACUGUUUACUUCCGAGACAGCGACAGUGUGUCCAAGAUGAAGCCCAGCAGUCUGCCCAUUUUCCAGGCGAGCAUCACCCUGGCCAUUCCCAACAUCGCCAUGGCCCCGGCCCUGGAGGACAUGCAGCAGACGCUGAACAAAGCCGUGGAAUGCAUCGUCAGCGUCCCCAAAGGGGUCAGGCAGUGGAGCAGUGAGCUGCUCUCCAAGAAAAAGGUACAAGAAAGAAAAAUGGCUGCACUGAAGAACAAUGAAGACAGUGAUUCUGAAAAUGAAAUGGAAGAACAUGAACUUCAAGAUACCAUUGAGAUUGCAUCUGUAAAUUUACCUAUUCCAGUACAUACUAAGAACUAUUAUAAGAAUGUUUCUGACAAUAAGGAAAUUGUAAAGUUGGUCUCUGUGCUUAGUACGAUCAUCAACUCUACGAAAAAGGAAGUUGUUACCUCCUUGGACUGUUUCAAGUGCUACAAUCACAUUUGGCAAAAGGAGAAAGAAGAAACCACAAAUACGUUUAUUCUGAAAAACCCCUUACUUUCAGAAUUUGAAUCUCAGAUUCUCUAUUUUCGAAAAUUAGAACAGGAGAUUAACGCUGAGCCGGAGUACAUCUGUGUGGGUUCCAUUGCUCUGUAUACAGCGGAUUUGAAGGUCGCCCUGACCGCGGAGACGAAGGCGUGGAUGGUUGUCAUAGGUCGGCACUGUAACAGAAAAUACAGAAGUGAGAUGGAAAACGUGCUCACCCUGCUGGAAGACUUCAGUAAGAAACUGAAUCGUCCAAUUAAAGACCUGGACGACAUUCGGAUUGCCAUGGCAGCACUAAAAGAAAUCAGGGAGCAGCAAAUUGGCAUCGACUUUCAAAUCGGGCCUAUUGAGGAAUCCUAUGCCCUGCUGAACAAAUAUGGACUUCUGGUAGCAAAAGAAGAGAUGGACAAAGUUGACACCCUACGCUACACGUGGCAGAAGCUGCUGGUGCGAGCCAGUGAUGUCCAGAACGAGCUGGUCGCCCUGCAGCCCGGCUUCAGGAAGGAGCUCAUCAGUAGCGUGGGGGUCUUUGUCCAGGACUGCCAGCAGUUCUAUCUGGAUUAUGAGUUGAAUGGUCCAAUGGUCACUGACUUGAAGCCUCAAGAAGCCAGUGAUCGGCUCAUCAUGUUCCAGAAUCAAUUUGAUAACAUCUAUCGGAAGUACAUUACUUACACCGGGGGAGAGGAACUCUUUGGUUUGCCUGUCACGCAGUACCCUCAGCUUCUCGAGAUUAAGAAGCAGCUAAAUCUUCUGCAGAAAAUAUACACGCUGUACAACAAUGUCAUACAGACUGUAAACAGCUACCAGGAUAUCCUCUGGUCAGAAGUGAAUGUCGAAAAAAUCAACAGUGAACUCUUAGAAUUCCAGAACAGGUGCCGCAAACUGCCCAGGGCCUUGAAGGACUGGCAGGCGUUUCAGGACCUGAAGAAAACCAUUGACGACUUCAGUGAGUGCUGCCCCCUGCUGGAGCACAUGACCAGCAAGGCCAUGAUGGCGAGACACUGGCAGCGAAUAACCGCCCUCACUGGACACCAUCUAGACGUGGAGAACGAAACCUUCAAGUUAAGAAACAUUAUGGAGGCCCCACUGCUGAAAUACAAAGAGGAAAUUGAGGACAUCUGUAUCAGCGCUGUGAAGGAGAGAGAUAUUGAACAAAAGCUGAAGCAGGUUAUCAAUGAGUGGGACAACAAAACCUUCACUUUUGGCAGCUUCAAAUCCCGUGGCGAACUCCUCCUGCGAGGAGACAGUACCUCUGACAUCAUCGCCAACAUGGAGGACAGCUUGAUGUUGUUGAGUUCUCUGCUCAGCAGCAGGUAUAAUACACCAUUCAAGACCCAGAUUCAGAAAUGGGUGCAACAGCUUUCUAACUCUACAGACAUCAUAGAGAACUGGAUGACAGUGCAGAACUUGUGGAUUUACCUAGAAGCUGUCUUUGUGGGAGGAGAUAUCGCCAAGCAGCUGCCUAAGGAAGCCAAGCGCUUCUCCAGCAUAGAUAAAUCGUGGGUGAAGAUCAUGACCCGGGCGCGUGAAAUGUCUAAUGUGGUGCACUGCUGUGUCGGGGACGAGACCAUGGGGCAGCUGCUCCCACACUUGCUGGAGCAGCUGGAGAUAUGCCAGAAAUCGCUCACUGGAUACUUGGAGAAGAAACGUCUUUGCUUCCCUCGGUUCUUCUUCGUCUCGGACCCUGCCCUUCUGGAGAUUCUGGGCCAGGCCUCGGACUCACACACCAUCCAAGCCCAUUUGCUGAAUGUGUUUGACAACAUAAAGACUGUCAAAUUCCAUGACAAGAUCUACGAUCGCAUUCUGUCAGUUUCCUCUCGAGAGGGGGAGACGAUUGAAUUGGAGAAGCCUGUGAUGGCUGAGGGCAAUGUGGAAGCCUGGCUCAAUUCUCUCUUGGAAGAAUCUCAGUCUUCAUUACAUCAGGUGAUCCGCCAGGCAGCUGCAAAUAUUCAAGAAACAGAUUUCCAACUGAUUGAAUUCCUGUCAUCCUUCCCUGCUCAGGUUGGACUAUUAGGGAUUCAAAUGAUAUGGACACGGGACUCAGAAGAAGCUCUUAGAAAUGCCAAGUCCGAUAAGAAAGUGAUGCAGAAAACCAAUCAGUCCUUCCUGGAUCUUCUGAACACCCUGAUCGACAUGACCACCAAGGAGCUCAGUUCUGUGGAGCGGGUGAAGUACGAGACUUUGAUCACCAUUCACGUGCAUCAAAGGGACAUCUUUGAUGACCUGUGCCGCAUGCACGUCAAGAGCCCCAUGGACUUUGAGUGGCUGAAGCAGUGCAGGUUCUACUUUCAUGAAGAUUCUGACAAGAUGAUGAUCCGCAUUACAGAUGUGGCUUUCACCUACCAGAACGAGUUUCUGGGCUGCACAGACAGGCUUGUCAUUACUCCACUCACAGACAGGUGUUACAUCACGUUGGCUCAGGCUCUGGGGAUGAGCAUGGGAGGAGCCCCCGCUGGACCAGCAGGGACGGGUAAGACAGAAACGACCAAAGACAUGGGACGCUGUCUGGGCAAGUACGUCGUGGUUUUCAACUGUUCAGACCAGAUGGAUUUCCGGGGACUUGGGCGGAUUUUUAAAGGGCUGGCGCAGUCUGGAUCCUGGGGCUGUUUUGAUGAAUUUAAUCGUAUCGAUCUACCAGUUCUCUCCGUUGCGGCCCAGCAAAUUUCCAUUAUUCUGACAUGUAAAAAAGAGCGUAAAAAGUCCUUUAUUUUCACUGAUGGAGAUACUGUGACGAUGAACCCUGAAUUUGGACUUUUUCUAACCAUGAAUCCUGGCUAUGCUGGGCGGCAGGAGCUUCCUGAAAACCUGAAAAUUAAUUUCCGCUCAGUGGCCAUGAUGGUCCCAGACCGUCAGAUUAUCAUUCGGGUGAAGCUGGCUAGCUGUGGCUUCAUUGACAAUGUCGUCCUGGCCCGGAAGUUUUUCACCCUCUACAAACUGUGUGAGGAGCAGCUCUCCAAGCAGGUGCAUUAUGACUUUGGCCUUCGGAACAUCCUGUCAGUGCUGCGGACACUGGGCGCUGCCAAGAGAGCCAACCCCAUGGAUACCGAGUCCACUAUUGUGAUGCGUGUCCUGCGAGACAUGAAUCUCUCCAAGCUGAUUGAUGAGGACGAACCCUUAUUUUUGAGUUUAAUUGAAGAUCUCUUUCCAAAUAUUCUUCUGGAUAAAGCAGGCUAUCCUGAACUGGAAACAGCAAUCAGCCGACAGGUUGAAGAAGCUGGUCUAAUCAACCAUCCUCCAUGGAAACUGAAAGUCAUCCAGCUGUUCGAGACGCAGAGGGUGAGGCAUGGAAUGAUGACCCUGGGGCCCAGCGGGGCUGGGAAAACCACCUGUAUCCACACCUUGAUGAAAGCAAUGUCAGAUUGUGGAAAACCACACCGGGAAAUGAGGAUGAAUCCCAAAGCAAUUACGGCCCCACAGAUGUUUGGUCGACUCGAUGUGACCACAAACGACUGGACAGAUGGAAUAUUUUCCACGCUUUGGAGGAAAACACUGAGAGCUAAGAAAGGGGAACAUAUCUGGAUUGUUCUGGAUGGUCCAGUGGAUGCCAUCUGGAUAGAAAAUCUCAAUUCUGUUUUGGAUGACAACAAAACUCUAACCCUUGCCAAUGGUGACCGGAUCCCUAUGGCUCCAAACUGCAAGAUCAUUUUUGAGCCUCAUAACAUUGACAAUGCCUCGCCCGCUACCGUCUCAAGAAAUGGAAUGGUUUUCAUGAGCUCUUCUAUCCUAGACUGGAGUCCUAUUCUUGAGGGUUUUCUUAAAAAACGCUCAACUCAAGAAGCCGAGAUACUCCGUCAGCUGUACGCGGAGUCCUUCCCACACCUGUAUCGCUUCAGCAUUCAGAAUCUGGACUACAAGACAGAGAUGCUUGAAGCCUUUGUCAUCAUGCAAAGCAUUACUAUGCUCCAAGGCUUGAUCCCUCCAAAGGAACAAGGUGGGGAGGUCACUUCUGAACACUUGGGACGAUUGUACGUCUUCUCUCUGAUGUGGAGCAUCGGAGCUGUGCUGGAACUGGAGGGCAGGCGCAGAGUGGAGCACUGGCUACGCUCCCAGGACUCACUCACCUUGGAUCUGCCAACACUGGCAGGUGCAGAAGACACCAUGUUUGACUACUACGUGACGUCAGAUGGUAAAUGGAGGCACUGGAACACACGCACAGAGGAGUACGUAUAUCCUUCACACAUCACCCCUGAAUAUAGCUCCAUCCUUGUGCCAAAUGUUGACAAUGUGAGGACCGACUUUCUGAUUGAAACAGUUGCCAAACAGGGCAAGGCUGUGCUGUUAAUUGGUGAACAAGGGACUGCCAAAACGGUCAUAAUCAAAGGGUUUAUGUCAAAGUAUGAUCCUGAAAGUCACAUGACCAAGAGUCUCAACUUCUCUUCAGCAACGACACCCCUGAUGUUUCAGAGAACAGUUGAGAGCUAUGUGGAUAAACGCAUGGGUACGACAUAUGGCCCACCAGCAGGAAAAAAGAUGACUAUUUUUAUUGAUGAUGUGAAUAUGCCAAUAAUCAAUGAAUGGGGAGACCAGGUCACUAAUGAGAUUGUACGGCAGCUGAUGGAACAGAAUGGAUUUUACAACCUUGAGAAGCCUGGGGAGUUUACUAGUAUAGUGGAUAUCCAGUUUUUGGCUGCCAUGAUCCAUCCUGGGGGUGGACGCAAUGACAUACCAGAAAGACUGAAGAGACAGUUCUCUAUAUUUAACUGCACGCUGCCCUCUGAUGCUUCCAUGGAUAAGAUCUUUGGUGUCAUCGGAGGAGGAUACUACUGUACCCAGAGGGGCUUCUCUGAAAGAGUGAGAGACUCAGUGGUCAAACUAGUGCCCCUGACACGUAGACUUUGGCAGAUAACCAAGAUAAAAAUGCUCCCGACACCUGCAAAAUUCCAUUAUGUAUUUAACCUUCGAGAUCUUUCUAGGAUUUGGCAAGGAAUGCUGAACACUACUUCUGAGGUUAUCAAGCAAACAGAUGAGCUCCUAAAACUGUGGAAGCAUGAAUGUAAACGUGUUAUAGCUGAUCGGUUCACGGCUUCUGAGGAUGUGACCUGGUUUGAUAAAGCCUUAGUCAAUUUAGUGGAGGACGAGUUUGGCGAAGAAGAAAGGCUUUCUGUGGACUACGGCAUUGACGCUUAUUUUGUGGAUUUCUUGCGAGAUGCGCCUGAAGCUACAGGUGAAACAUCUGAGGAGGCUGAAGCUGAAAUGCCCAAAAUUUAUGAGCCAGUUGAGUCUUUUAAUGACCUGAAGGAGCGUUUGAAUAUGUUCUUGCAGCUGUAUAAUGAGAGUGUCCGCGGCGCUGGCAUGGACAUGGUGUUCUUUGCAGAUGCCAUGGUCCACUUAGUCAAGAUCUCCCGCAUUAUUAGAACUCCUCGAGGCAAUGCCCUUCUAGUUGGGGUGGGUGGAUCAGGAAAGCAGAGCCUGACAAGGUUGGCUUCGUUCAUUGCUGGUUACUCUUCCUUCCAGAUCACGCUGACAAGAUCAUAUAACACAUCAAACCUGAUAGAAGACCUGAAGGUUUUGUAUAGAACAGCUGGUCAGCAGGGCAAAGGAAUCACUUUCAUUUUCACAGACAAUGAGAUUAAAGAAGAGUCAUUUUUGGAAUACAUGAAUAAUGUUUUAUCAUCUGGUGAGGUCUCCAAUCUAUUUGCUCGUGAUGAAAUUGAUGAAAUUCAUAGUGAUCUUACAUCGGUCAUGAAAAGAGAAUACCCUCGGCGCCCUCCUACCAAUGAGAAUCUGUAUGAGUACUUCAUGAGUCGGGUCCGACACAACCUUCACAUUGUACUCUGCUUUUCACCAGUGGGUGAAAAAUUUAGAAAUCGAGCUUUGAAGUUCCCUGCACUUAUUUCAGGAUGUACCAUAGACUGGUUCAGCAGGUGGCCUAAGGAUGCCUUAAUUGCCGUAUCUGAACACUUCCUGUCGUCCUAUAAUAUUGACUGCAGUUUGGAGACCAAGAAAGAGGUGGUCCAGUGCAUGGGCUCUUUUCAGGAUGGAGUGGCCGAGAAGUGUGUGGAUUAUUUCCAGAGAUUCCGGCGUUCCACCCACGUGACACCUAAAUCCUACCUCUCCUUUAUCCAGGGGUAUAAGUUUAUCUAUGGAGAAAAGCAUGCAGAAGUGCAAACCCUGGCCAACAGAAUGAAUACUGGAUUGGAAAAACUCAAAGAGGCAUCAGAAUCAGUUGCAGCCUUGAGCAAAGAACUAGAAGUGAAAGAGAAGGAGCUGCAAGUGGCCAAUGAAAAAGCCGACACGGUUUUAAAAGAAGUUACAAUGAAAGCACAGGCAGCUGAGAAGGUGAAAGCCGAGGUCCAAAAGGUGAAGGAUAAAGCCCAGGCCAUUGUAGACACCAUCUCGAAAGAUAAGGCCAUUGCCGAAGAAAAACUGGAAACAGCAAAACCAGCUUUAGAAGAAGCAGAGGCAGCCCUGCAGACCAUCAAGCCUUCAGACAUCGCAACUGUCCGCACCCUGGGCCGCCCCCCACACCUCAUCAUGAGGAUCAUGGACUGCGUGCUGCUAUUGUUUCAAAGGAAAGUCAACGUGGUGAAAGUGGACCUGGAGAAAAGUUGUACCAUUCCUUCCUGGCAGGAAUCUUUAAAGCUGAUGACAGCAGGGAACUUUCUACAGAACCUACAGCAAUUCCCCAAAGACACAAUCAAUGAAGAAGUGAUAGAAUUUUUGAAUCCUUACUUUGAAAUGGCAGACUACAACAACGAAACGGCUAAACGCGUGUGUGGGAAUGUGGCCGGUCUUUGUUCCUGGACCAAAGCCAUGGCUUCCUUUUUUUCCAUCAACAAAGAGGUGUUGCCUCUGAAGGCUAACUUGGUGGUGCAGGAGAAUCGCUAUGUCCUGGCCAUGCAGGACCUGCAAAAAGCCCAGGCUGAACUGGACGAAAAGCAAGCAGAGCUCGACGUGGUGCAGGCUGAGUAUGAACAGGCCAUGACAGAGAAGCAGACCUUACUUGAAGAUGCAGAGCGGUGUAGACACAAGAUGCAGACGGCAUCCACGCUGAUCAGUGGCUUGGCAGGUGAAAAGGAAAGGUGGACCGAGCAAAGCAAAGAGUUUGCUGCACAGACUAAAAGGCUUGUAGGUGACGUGUUACUGGCUACAGCCUUUCUAUCUUAUUCUGGUCCGUUUAAUCAAGAGUUUAGAAAUCUGUUGCUUAAUGACUGGCAGAAGGAGAUGAAAGGCCGGAGAAUCCCAUUUGGAAACAAUUUGAAUCUCAAUGAGAUGCUGAUUGACGCCCCUACAAUUAGUGAGUGGACACUCCAAGGCCUGCCCAAUGAUGACCUGUCCAUUCAGAAUGGGAUCAUCGUCACAAAGGCUUCCCGCUAUCCAUUAUUAAUCGACCCACAGACUCAGGGCAAGAGUUGGAUUAAAAACAAAGAAAGCCAAAAUGAACUCCAGAUCACAUCUCUCAAUCACAAGUACUUCAGAAACCACCUGGAAGACAGCCUGUCUCUUGGAAGGCCCUUGCUUAUUGAAGAUGUUGGAGAGGAACUAGAUCCAGCCCUGGACAAUGUUUUGGAAAGAAACUUCAUUAAAACUGGGUCUACCUUCAAGGUUAAAGUAGGCGACAAGGAAGUAGAUGUAAUGAAUGGCUUCAAACUCUAUAUCACCACCAAGCUCCCGAACCCUGCCUACACCCCUGAAAUCAGCGCUCGCACCUCCAUUAUCGACUUCACUGUCACCAUGAAAGGUCUAGAAGACCAGUUACUAGGGAGAGUUAUUCUCACAGAGAAACAGGAGUUGGAGAAAGAAAGGACUCAUCUUAUGGAAGAUGUUACUUCAAACAAAAGAAAGAUGAAGGAACUGGAAGAUAAUUUGCUUUACCGUCUGACAAGUACUCAGGGGUCACUGGUGGAAGACGAGAGCCUGAUUAUUGUGCUGAGCAACACGAAAAAGACAGCAGAGGAGGUGACACAGAAGCUGGAGAUUUCUGCCGAGACAGAAAUUCAAAUUAACUCGGCCCGCGAGGAAUACAGACCUGUGGCGACACGAGGCAGCAUCCUCUACUUCCUCAUCACAGAGAUGAGCCUGGUUAAUGAGAUGUACCAGACUUCACUGCGCCAGUUCCUUGGUUUGUUUGACCUUUCCUUAGCCAGGUCUGUCAAGAGCCCAAUUACAAGCAAGAGGAUUGCUAAUAUCAUUGAGCACAUGACCUAUGAGGUUUAUAAGUAUGCUGCCCGGGGCUUGUACGAGGAGCACAAGUUCCUGUUUACCUUGUUGCUCACCCUGAAGAUCGACAUCCAGAGGAACCGCGUCAAGCAUGAGGAGUUUCUCACCCUGAUUAAAGGUGGUGCCUCACUGGACCUCAAAGGCUGCCCUGCUAAACCAUCGAAAUGGGUCCUGGAUAUGACAUGGCUGAAUUUAGUGGAACUCAGCAAACUUAGGCAGUUUUCAGAUGUUCUGGAUCAGAUUUCAAGAAAUGAGAAAAUGUGGAAAAUUUGGUUUGAUAAGGAAAACCCCGAAGAAGAGCCUCUUCCCAAUGCCUAUGAUAAGUCUCUUGACUGCUUCCGACGCCUCCUGCUUAUUAGAUCCUGGUGUCCUGAUCGAACCAUUGCCCAGGCCCGCAAGUACAUCAUGGACUCCAUGGGGGAAAACUAUGCUGAAGGCGUUAUCCUGGACUUGGAAAAGAUGUGGGAGGAAUCUGAUCCCCGAACGCCACUCAUCUGUCUCCUGUCGAUGGGCUCAGACCCUACGGACUCCAUCAUUGCCUUGGGGAAGAGACUGAAAAUAGAAACCCGCUACGUGUCCAUGGGCCAGGGCCAGGAGGUCCACGCACGCAAGCUCUUGCAGCAGACCAUGGCACGUGGUGGAUGGGCACUUCUGCAGAACUGCCAUCUGGGACUCAAUUUCAUGGAUGAGCUAAUGGACAUAAUUAUGGAGACCGAGACUGUACACGAUGCUUUCCGCCUCUGGAUGACCACCGAGGUUCAUAAGCAGUUUCCCAUCACCCUCCUUCAGAUGUCCAUUAAAUUUGCCAACGAGCCUCCUCAGGGCCUCCGGGCUGGACUGAAAAGAACAUAUGGUGGCGUGAGCCAGGACCUGCUGGACGUGAGCACUGCGGCCCAGUGGAAGCCCAUGCUGUACGCAGUGGCCUUCCUUCACUCCACGGUUCAGGAAAGGCGCAAGUUUGGUCCACUUGGCUGGAACAUACCCUAUGAGUUUAAUCAAGCCGACUUCAAUGCUACUGUGCAGUUUAUCCAAAACCACUUGGAUGAUAUGGAUAUCAAAAAGGGAGUGUCCUGGAUCACUGUCCGCUAUAUGAUAGGAGAAAUUCAAUAUGGAGGGAGAGUCACUGAUGACUACGAUAAGAGGUUGUUGAAUACGUUUGCUAAGGUCUGGUUCAGUGAAAAUAUAUCUGGACCUGAUUUCAACUUUUAUGAAGGAUACCAUAUUCCAAAAUGCAGCACUGUGGAGAGCUACCUGCAGUAUAUCCAGAGUUUACCAGCCUAUGACAGCCCUGAGGUGUUCGGGCUGCACCCCAACGCAGACAUCACUUACCAGAGCAAGCUGGCCAAGGACGUGCUGGACACGAUUCUCGCCAUCCAGCCCAAGGACAGCUCAAGUGGCGGAGACGAGAGCCGGGAGGCUGUGGUGGCCCGGCUGGCUGAUGACAUGCUGGAGAAGCUGCCCCCGGACUACAGCCCCUUUGAAGUAAAGGAGAGGCUGCAGAAGAUGGGUCUGUUCCAGCCGAUGAACAUUUUCCUGCGGCAGGAGAUAGACAGAAUGCAGAGGGUCCUCUCCCUUGUCCGGAGCACUCUGACUGACCUUAAGCUCGCCAUUGAUGGUACCAUUAUCAUGAGUGAAAAUCUAAGAGAUGCUUUGGAUUGCAUGUUUGACGCCAGAAUUCCUGCUCAGUGGAAAAAAGCUUCUUGGGUUUCAAGCACGCUGGGAUUUUGGUUUACUGAACUGAUAGAAAGAAACAGCCAGUUCACAGCUUGGGUUUUCAAUGGGCGGCCUCACUGCUUUUGGAUGACUGGAUUUUUUAACCCUCAAGGAUUUCUGACUGCGAUGCGCCAGGAGAUAACUCGUGCCAACAAAGGCUGGGCUCUGGACAAUAUGGUGCUUUGCAAUGAAGUCACGAAGUGGAUGAAGGAUGAUAUUUCUGCCCCUCCAGCUGAGGGUGUCUAUGUGUAUGGCUUGUAUCUGGAAGGAGCUGGCUGGGACAAGAGGAACAUGAAACUCAUUGAAUCCAAACCCAAAGUGCUGUUUGAGUUGAUGCCUGUCAUAAGGAUUUUUGCAGAAAACAACACUCCAAGAGACCCUCGCCUUUACUCCUGCCCCAUCUACAAGAAGCCCGUCCGAACGGACUUGAACUACAUUGCUCCUGUAGAGCUCAAGACCACCCAGCCCCCUGAACACUGGGUGCUCCGUGGGGUGGCCCUCCUCUGCGACGUGAAGUAA